AGUGUUUGAAAAUUAAACGGUUGAAGCAAAGUUGGCUACUAUAUAUGUAUGUAUGUAUAUAUAUACAUAUAUCUGCAUAAAAUUUUCUCUCAAUAGCAGCAAUGGAAUUUCACAGGCUUCUUUUCACUUUUUUCAUUUUUCAAGCUCUAAUUAUCUCCCAGAUAUCAAUCCUAUGUACUGCAAACUCAAAGCUUUUCAGGGAAUACAUAGGAGCUGAGUUCAAAGCUGUGAAGUUUUCUGAUGUCCCCAUUAACCCAAAUGUUGAUUUUCAUUUCAUUCUCUCCUUUGCCAUAGACUAUGACACCUCAACUUCUCCUUCACCCACCAAUGGAAAAUUCAAUGUGUUCUGGGACUCCACCAAUCUCAGCCCCUCCCAUGUUUCUUCCAUCAAGUCUAAGCAUCCAAAUGUUAAAGUUGCAAUAAGCCUAGGAGGUUACACUGUAGGCAGUCAAUUUGCUUACUUCAAGCCUUCCUCAGUCAGAUCCUGGGUCUCCAAUGCUGUUACUUCACUUACAAGUAUCAUAAAGAAAUACAAUCUGGAUGGAAUCGAUAUCGACUACGAACACUUCCAAGCUGACCCUCAAACGUUUGCAGAGUCCAUAGGGUUCCUCAUAAAGGCCCUGAAGAGGAAUAAGGUAAUCUCCUUUGCUUCUAUAGCUCCAUAUGCUGAUAAUGAAGUUCAGAGACAGUACUUGGCCUUGUGGAACAAAUAUGGGGACAUCAUUGAUUAUGUGAACUUCCAAUUCUAUGCAUAUGAUAAAGGAACGACCAUUCCACAGUUCUUAAGUUAUUUCAACAACCAAAGCUCCAAUUACAAUGGUGGUAAGGUGUUGGUGAGCUUCCAAAGUGAUGUGAGACGUGGGUUAACUCCAGAGGAUGGGUUUUUCGAUGCCUGCAAUAUGCUUAAGAGUCAGCAAAGGCUUCAUGGUAUCUUUGUAUGGAGUGCAGAUGACUCCAAAGCAGAUGGUUUUAUAUAUGAGAAGCAAUCCCAGGAAAUAUUAGACUAACUAGUUUAUGCUGCCCUACGGGAAAGAUGUAAUGAGUUAAUGUAGUUUAUGUACCAAAAUAUAUAUAAUUAUAUAUGUCAUGUAGUUUAUUUAUAAUUUUAGCUGCCGUUUGACAGUUAUAACAGAAAAAGAAA